GUUGCUCCGAUUCACAAGCUCAUGAACACCGCUGGGCUCAGUGUGUCCGUCUCUUCCCGGACUUGGAAUUAAUCUCACAUUACUGGAAGCGGCGGCUAGCACCAUGGAUGCUACCAUUUAUCAGAUCAUAUUUGGGGAGCUCGGAGACCUGAAUUGUAGUUUGAUUGAUGCUUUUCAAGACACUUUUUUGGAAAACGCUUCAUUGUCAUUGCUGAGCACUGAUGGUUUAUAUUGCAAUGCCACAACCGAUGAGAUUGGAACCUGCUGGCCGCGGAGCAGCACCGGGAGGAUUGUAGAGAGACCCUGCCCUGAGUACAUCAACGGGGUGAAGUACAACACGACCAGGAGUGCUUACAGGGAAUGCAUGGAUAAUGGGACGUGGGCGUUGAAGAGCAAUUACUCCAAUUGUGAACCGAUUUUGGAGGAGAAGAGAAAAUAUCCAAUGCAUUAUAAAAUAGCGCUGAUCAUCAACUACCUAGGUCACUGUAUCUCUGUGGGAGCUCUCGUCGUGGCCUUCAUUCUCUUCUUGUGCUUAAGGAGCAUACGAUGUCUUCGAAACAUCAUACACUGGAACCUGAUCACCACCUUCAUACUGAGGAAUGUUAUGUGGUUUUUGCUUCAGUUGAUCGACCACAAUAUCCAUGAGAGCAAUGAGCCUUGGUGUCGAUUAAUUACAACAAUAUACAACUACUUUGUGGUGACAAACUUCUUCUGGAUGUUUGUUGAAGGAUGUUACCUUCACACAGCCAUCGUAAUGACUUACUCCACUGAUAAGCUCAGGAAGUGGGUUUUCCUUUUCAUCGGCUGGUGCAUUCCAUGUCCUAUAAUAAUAGCUUGGGCCAUAGGAAAGUUGUAUUAUGAAAAUGAACAAUGUUGGUUUGGUAAAGAACCUGGGAAAUACAUGGACUACAUUUAUCAGGGACCAGUUAUUCUUGUGCUGCUGAUAAACUUUGUUUUCCUCUUCAACAUAGUAAGAAUUCUAAUGACCAAACUAAGAGCUUCAACCACGUCUGAAACAAUACAGUACAGGAAAGCUGUGAAAGCAACACUGGUCUUGUUACCUCUGCUGGGCAUCACCUACAUGCUUUUCUUUGUGAAUCCGGGGGAGGACGACAUCUCACAAAUCGUUUUCAUCUAUUUCAACUCCUUUUUGCAGUCUUUUCAGGGAUUCUUUGUGUCAGUGUUUUACUGCUUUCUAAAUGGAGAGGUACGUUCUGCAGUAAGGAAGCGGUGGCACCGCUGGCAGGACAACCAUGCCCUUCGAGUGCGAGUGGCGCGAGCCAUGUCUAUCCCCACAUCACCGACCAGGAUCAGCUUCCACAGCAUCAAACAGACCACAGCUGUGUGAGCAGCACAUAAUCUCCAUCGCAACAUCUAAGGGAACAGACUUAAUCUUUUUGUCCAGUGCAAACAAUGAAGUGAUCCACAGAACAGACUGAAUCCUCCGACAAGGCCGCAGUGUGUCCAGUGUGAUUGAAGAGUGGGGAGAUUCUCUCGUCUGGUGAGAACAAUUAAAAGCAUCUAAAAGUAUUCUUUAACCACACGUGAAGUAAAAUGGGCACAAAAGAUUCUUGGAGGACUUAUCUCCCAAAAUAUAUUGUACAUGAGGUGCACACGGGGUCUGAGUAUUCAAAAGACUUAAAGACGGCAUCAUUAUCAAACUGUCACAUCACAGCAAGUGUUAUCAUCUGAUCUUAGCGUUCUUCUGGCUGUCAUCUUACAGUUUAGCGUUUGUUGGUCUAGAGCAAGAUAAUCCUACAGGAUUUGCAGCAGGAUACUUGAACAGCUCAUGUACUUGUGGCAUCUGCUCCAUUGUUGCUUAGAGGAAGUGCGACAAGAACUACUCGCAAUUUAAUUAGAUACAUUGACCGAGAUGCAGUCAGAGAUGUUGGCAGAUUUGUAUUUAGUGUGAUGAAUAUGAAAAUCUAAAAAUGCUCUUUGAGUUAGCACUCUCUGACAUCAGCAGCUGCGUUUGACAGCUAGAAAAGAGGCUUUGGGGAAGAAGAGGGUUCACCUGAAUUAAAUAUCAAAAACUUGACAGUAUAAAAGGAAUAAGAUUCAAAAGAGACACUUCUCCUCUGACAAAAAUAAUUUGAACACUUGGUAUUCACCAAAACAUAAUCUCAACACGUGGUUAGAUGUUUUUGGUCAAUGUGAGAUGAUGGUUUUCUAUAAACAAGCCAUUCUAUGAGCCUUUAUAAUGUGUCCUCAGAGCAGUCUGAGCUCUUUUAUACAGUGCUAAUUUUUUUGUCCUGUACCGUACUGUUGUGAACAUUGUUAAAAUACUCGUUCAGCUUCCUCUCUUCUUUUCCAGCUUUUUGUUUUCACCUCUAUUUUUAAAUUCCCCUUUGUUGGAUUCUCCUUUUUUUUCUCCUCAUAGACGAAAGGUGUGAACGUAAAGAGCAAUUUAAGGUGUCAUGUGUUUGAACUCCCUGAGGUUGAUGGAUGAGCAGUCCCAAAUUAAAUCUCUCUUUUCAAAAGACUAAAGAUAAGAUUAUAUAUUACAUAGAGUUAGGAAAGUGAUUUUAAGCUAUUUAUGUAAAGUAUAUGUAUGUUAAGUGCCAUGCAUGGAUUCAUCAUGCAGGCACAGUGGACGCAGAUUAAAUUCUUUUGGCUUUAUGAAAUCCUUGUGGCUCUCUAGUAAUCUGUGUCACAACUAAGCUGCUGGUUCAAGAGAAAAGAAGCUUGAUGAAGUGAGCACUGUACACUCGCCCCGCCGACUCUGCUCACACAAUAAUGGGAACAAACAUCUCUCUGCAAAGUCAAAGUCCAAAAGUACUUUUUGUUUUCUGCAAAGGGGGUGAAGAGGUGAGAGGGAGGGUUCGCUUUAAAAAGGAUUAUAAAAAAAAAAAGAAAGAAAAAUCUGAAUUAUGUUGCAAGCUUAAGCUUUGAUGCAGAUGCUUCUUGUGUGUCCCAAACAUUUACUGUCACAUCAAGAGAGUCUUUCUGUCCGUCAGGUGGUACGAUUAAGAAUGUUCAAAGGAAUAGUUUGACAUUUUUGGAAAUACAGUUAUUUUCUUUGUUGCUGAGUGUUAGAUGACAAGAUUGAUACAGUUCUCAUAUUUGAGUUAGUUUAGCUUAGCUUAGUUUAGCUAAGCACAAAGACUGUAAUCGGAGGAAGCAGCUGGCUAAGGCCACAUCAGGCCGUGUUUUCAACUGCCUGGAAAACAUGAGGUCAAGUGCUGGGUGCGACUCUUGUGCCUCAUCUGUGCCAAAUUUCAAGGGUGUGGAUACAGGUUGUGCCUGACAUUGCUUAACGACCAUAAACAGCAGCCUACUUACCAGAAAUCCGGAGUUUGAAGCUGACCGUCAUCCAGGCAUUGUUUUUUUUAAGUGGCAGUCUGUGGAGCAGAUGUAAAGCUCCAGGUUGCCAGGUAUCAUAGAUUUAUCAUAGACUGAUAUUUACUGAAGAAAGAGAAGAUAUCUGUUGGCUGUGAUUGGUUAAUCCUUUCACAUGACAUGCAGUGUGCGUUGCUGCAUUUCAAAAGUUGAACUCUUUUUUUCAUGGUGCAGCUGUUGCACCAUGAAAAAAAAGUACUUGGAAACACGUGUGUCGCAACACAUUCUCACUCCAACCUCAUCACAUACCGACGUUUGGUCAUGGACUUUCCACGUCCGGAUACGACCUGAAUGGUACCCUGGGUGUGUUGGUUGUUGACGUACUGGGAAUCCAUGUCAAGUUCUGCCUGUUACAUGCAUUGUCUUCUUUCAAAAUACACUUCGAUUUUCACCUACAGUCUCUUUUAAAAUAAACGCACUACGUCAGUACAACAAUGCCAACUGACGUUUUUUUUCUCCAGCAACUAACGCACGUGGUUGGGUUUAGGCAACAAAAGCAUGUGGUUAGAUUUAGGCCUCAUUUACACCGUAAGCAAUGCAUUUGCAUAGCGCUCACGAACAGUCGCUGUUUACUCGCGUUUUCAUUUUGGCGAGCAUGUUAACAGGCUAGAACAUUCACACCGCAUCCGUUCUACGUGCUGCUCAAGUCACGCUGCUUUCACGAGCAAGCUUGAAAAUAGAAGAGACGGCAAUUUUUUGCGCGAGUCGUGAGCGAAUGGUCGCUGUAUUCAACAAAAUAUCGACAUCUACCGUGGCUGAGAGAGGUCACAACACACGCAAACUCAUGUUUAGUUGUAAUACAAAGCAGACAAAGACUACUUACCCAUUUGUAGUGCUAAAUAUUAAUUCUCCAAACUCACUUCUUCUUUGGGGUUUGUUGGAGAUUUGCAAACACGGUGCACUACAGCCACCAACUGUUCAGGUGUUGUUUGUAUUUUGACCGGACAGCAGCGGCCGCUGUGUGACGCGACUGUUCGGUUUUGGUGUGAAUACACGUGUGCUGCCGUUACGCUUGUGGACCACUUCACAAAUGAAUCGCUUGUGGUGUAAAUGAGGCCUUAUGAAAAAAGAACAGGGUCUGGCUUUAUAAUCAUACAGGACACAAACACUGCUCUCCUGGGUGAAAGUCCGAGUAUAUGGGACCAUCCACCACCCUCCCGCCACCCCUACUUGGACUUUCGCCACCUUAACUCUUGUUCUUGUCCCGCUGCGUUUCCUCCUGACGCUGCCGAGUGCCAUUAAAUUAUAAUGGCAACUGGCCGCGAGUCAUGCCGAAGUUAAAGGACAGCUUUUUUUGUCAGUGUCUGACGCCGCAAGUCACUGCCCAAGCACCAGAUUUUGACGACUUGGGAGCGAGACUGGUUUUGUGUCGUGAAAGCGUUGCUUUUGAUUGCGCCUUCUGCGAAUCUACAUUAAAAGCAUCUGAUCUGAGUGGCAAAAUACACUGUAUGUUUACAGGCCCUUAGUUCUGUCUAAAAGGGUCCACACUGGCUGCCUGAUAACCACGUCACCUCACAAGUUAAGCUAGCACGCAUGCUACUUCUCAUGUAACUCUCAGCAAGAAAGCGAACAUGCAUAUUUCCGAAAAUGUUGAAAUUUUUUUAAAUAAAUGGCUUUGUUUUAUUUUAGUUUGUUUUGUAUUUAUUUGAUAUUUAUUUGUUUAUUUAUUUAAGUUAUUUCAUAUUUUUGUGAGGAUUCAAUCCUCUGGCUCUGUUGUAGAUCUGGGCAAAAAAAAAAUACAAAUAAUUUUUCUGAUCAAGUUGUUUGAGGGUGUUGUAUAGAAAGUAAAAUAUGUCAUCACUCCUUGUAGUAAAAUGUACAUUUCAUAUUUGUAUUUUAUAAUAUUUUGUUACAUCACAGCAGAGUUUUUGUUGAUGUUGUUGAUAUGCUGCUCCACUGAACUGACAUCAAAAGUUGAUCAUCCAAAGCGAUUUAGAUGUGAAUAUUUUAUCGUAACAUCAACAUGAAUUUCUGUUUCCGGCAUCACAACUUGUGCAGCUGCAUCACUGCCCGUGACCUCAUCAUGUUAUGUACACAUAAAAAGUACAUUAUCUUAUCUAAGUGAAUAUUUUCAUACAAAAAUAAGAAAAAAAAAGUCAUGUAUUCAAACUCACCAAAGAGACAAACCAUGUUUACCAGCAUCCAGAACUUUUGUUGUCUACAUAUUUCUAUUGUUGCCAUUGCACUUUGUAGACCGAAUCUUGUUGACUUUCUUUUGUACACCAUUUAUUGUACAUGAUUAAAUGUAUUCAGUGUGAUGUCAGAUUUGUUAACUUAUUCCUGUACAUGAAUACAUUUGACGUACUGAUUUUAUGGGAAAUAUUUGUUGAACCACCCAUGUUGCCUUAUGAACAACACAAAAUGCAUUUUUUUGUGAACAGGAAGCUAAUGUCACUGUAAAUGAUGUAUCAUUGUGUUACUGAUAUACAUUUGUACAUGCACAUGUGAAAGGAAAAAUAUUGAUUUGAAUUAAAAUUAUA